AUGGCUCCCAAGAAGGGGUCCUCUUCCUCGUCGUCGGGGGGGAUAGGCGGCUGGCUCAAGCUCUUCGCCAUCAUCCUCGGCGUGCUGAGCCCGAUCAUCUACCUCAUCGACCAGAACCUCGACCGGUUCUACAUCUUCGAGCCGGCCAACCUGCACGACGUCGCCAAGCGCGCCAUCGCGGCGCACGGCAACGACACCCAGAGCGUCGUCCACUUCAUCCUCAAGGAGCUGCAGGAGAACCCCAAGACGGCGCCCUACGUCAACGACAACAUCGACAAUGAGUACUUCUUCAACAACGCCGGCGGUGCCAUGGGCGGCAUGACCAUCAUCCACGCCAGCGUCACCGAGUACCUCAUCAUCUUUGGCACGGCCGUCGGCACCGAGGGCCACUCGGGCCGCCACACGGCCGACGACUACUUCCACAUCCUGCGCGGCGAGCAGUGGGCCUACGUGCCGGGCGAGUUCGAGCGCGAGGUCUACAAGCAGGGGGACGUGCACCUGAUGCGCAAGGGCGUCAUCAAGCAGUACCGCAUGCCCGAGCUGUGCUUCGCGCUCGAGUACGCCCGCGGCUGGAUCCCGCCCAUGAUGUUCUUUGGCUACGCCGACCUCUUCACCAGCGUGCUCGACCUGCCGACCGCCUGGUACACGGCCUACUACACGGGCAAGCAGAUGAUUGGCAACCUGCUCAUUGGCAAGUUCUAG